UCCCCACAGGCACCGUGAAGUCAGCUUUGACCUGGGCUGUGGGGUGGGGCCACCUCAUCCCAGCCCCCACCAGGACAAACCGGAGCCCCACCCCUGUUCCCUUUCAAGCACCCCACCCCAUCCUGUGAGCUAGCCCUUGCUCACCUCCUUCCUGUUUCCAAAAACCCUUCCCACUUUCCUCAGACUGAGCCCCUCCCCCAACCCCUACCUACCUCUCUCUUGUGGCCUCUUUUACCUCAAUCUUCUCAUCCGUUACUUUAUUUCCUUAUUUCUUACUGGAAAUCCCAGCACCCCCACCUGCAUUGCCAGGUCUUUUCAACACUCCCCAACUGGAGUCUAUCUCAACACCGCUCUGUAUAUUUCCAGGAGUGUCUAGAACGCCCCAUCCCACCAUUACUGCAAUGUGGUCACACUUACUUCCUAGCACCUCUACAAAUACCUUCCCCUCAACACUGUCCCACUGAUACCUUCAUCCCCUCUAGAAACACUCCCCUUGGCCGCUUUUUGGAUUACUUCUUUACUCCCUCACGUAUACUUUGAUUGGAUCUCUGAAAAACACCUUUGACAAACUUCUUCAUUAAUCCCAAACCAAACCAAACAAAAAAAAACCCAUUGCCAUCGACUCAUUUCCGACUCAUAGCGACCCUACAGGACACAGUACAGAAUAGAACUGCCCCACAGGGUUUCCAAGGAGCACCUGGAGGAUUCGAACUGCCAACCUUUUGGUUAACAGCCGUAGCAGUUAACCACUACACCACCGGGGUUUCUUCAUUAAUCCCACCAUCCCCCAAAUCUCCCUCUUGCUAUAACUUCGUCCCUCCUCUCCCUUUUCCUUCUCAAGCCCUGCCUUGCUUGCCUCACGGUUCACCGUCAACCUCAUCUCCAUCCCGGGGCCUGCCUCCCGCUACGUUCCCCUGAGCCUCCGAGGAGGGGGCUCAGGGGGUCCGAUGGCCUCCAGCCCUCUGAGUCCCUACCGCCCCGGUGGGCCAGUGGACUUGCCUCGACGAUGGGCAACGGCACGUGGGAGGGCUGCCAUGUGGACUCCCGUGUGGACCACCUCUUCCCGCCUUUCCUCUACAUCUUCGUCAUCGGCGUGGGGCUGCCCACCAACUGCCUGGCUUUGUGGGCGGCCUACCGCCAGGUGCGGCAGCGCAACGAGCUGGGCGUCUACCUGAUGAACCUCAGCAUCGCCGACCUGCUGUACAUCUGCACGCUGCCGCUGUGGGUCGACUACUUCCUGCACCAUGACAACUGGAUCCACGGCCCCGGCUCCUGCAAGCUCUUCGGGUUCGUCUUCUACACCAACAUCUACAUCAGCAUCGCCUUCCUCUGCUGCAUCUCCGUGGACCGCUACCUGGCCGUGGCCCACCCGCUGCGCUUUGCCCGCCUGCGCCGCGUCAAGACGGCCGUGGCCGUGAGCUCCGUGGUCUGGGCCACCGAGCUGGGCGCUAACUCGGCGCCCCUGUUCCAUGAUGAACUCUUCCGGGACCGCUACAACCACACCUUCUGCUUCGAGAAGUUCCCCAUGGAGGGCUGGGUGGCUUGGAUGAACCUCUACCGCGUCUUUGUGGGCUUCCUCUUCCCGUGGGCCCUCAUGCUGCUGUCGUACUGCGGCAUCCUGAGGGCCGUGCGGGGCAGCGUGUCCACCGAGCGCCAGGAGAAGGCCAAGAUCAAGCGCCUGGCGCUGAGCCUCAUCGCCAUCGUGCUGGUCUGCUUCGCGCCCUACCACGUGCUCCUGCUCUCGCGCAGCGCUGUCUACCUGGGCCGCCCCUGGGACUGCGGCUUCGAGGAGCGAAUCUUCUCGGCGUACCACAGCUCGCUGGCCUUCACCAGCCUCAACUGCGUGGCCGACCCUAUCCUCUACUGCCUGGUCAACGAGGGCGCCCGCAGCGACGUGGCCAAGGCCCUGCACAACCUGCUCCGCUUCCUGGCCAGCAACAAGCCUCAGGAGAUGGCUAACGUCUCGCUGACCCUGGAGACCCCGCUCUCGUCCAAGAGGAACAGCAUGGCCAGGGCCUUGGCGGGGUGGGCGACAGCAUCCCCCACCCAGGGGGACCAGGUGCAGCUGAAGAUGCUGCAGCCACUGGCACAGUGAGCACCCUUAAGUCUUAUUCCAUGGGCCGUCCCUUUCCUCCUGGUCGUGUGUAUGCAAAUUAUAUGUAAAUAAUGCAGUGUUAAUAUUCAUGAGAAUACACGAAACUAGGAAAAGAAUGAGGUCGGUGUUUUCACUGGUUAACUAUGAUCUUUGUAUUGGGGAAAUGAAGCCACCAUGGCCCCCUAACAAUUCAGUUUCACUGUGCCUGGCCCUGUGCUGGGCGCUGCUGGCAACAGUGGUGACUGAGACAGCCCGGCCCUGCCCUUGGGGGGCUCAGUCCAGUGGUGGGGGCCAGACUCCUCACCUGAGUGGUCAGCGCUGGGACAAGGAGCCCAGGGGGCUGGAAGAGUCCAAGGGGACAUAUGUCCCAGCCUGUGGAUCAAAGAUGGCUUCCUGGAGGAGGGGACAAGUAAAUUGAGUCAAAUAUUUGGAUAUUUGGUUUCCAUUAGAUAAAGACAAAAAUCGAAGAAAGGCAGUGUCUUAGCUAUCUACUGCUGCUAUAACAGAAAUAUGAGAAGUGGAUGGCUUUCACAAACAAAUUUAUUCUCUCACAGUUUAGGAGACUAGAAGUCCAAAUUCAGGGCACCAGCUCCCGGGGAAGGCUUUUUCUCUCUGUUGGUUUUUGAGGAAGGACCUUGUCAUUUAUCUUCCCUUUAGUGUAGGAGCUUCUGAGUGUAUGGGCCCCGGGUCCAAAGGACAUGCUCACUCCCUGUGCUUUCUUGGUGGUAUGAGGUCCCUAUCCUCUCUGCUCCAUUCUAUUUUAUAUCACAAAAUAGAUUGACUCAAGAUACAACCUAAUCCUGUAGAUUGAGUCCUGCUUCAUGAACAUAACUGCCUCUAAUCCUGCCUCAUUAAUAUCAUAGAAAUUAGG